AUGAUCAUCACGGAAUCUAGCUUGAAUGCCAAAGCCGACCUCAUUGUUGCCGCUGACGGGCUCUGGUCAAAGUAUCGAGAGUAUUUCCUCGGCAUAAAAGAGCUUCCCUUACCAACUAGUGAUCUGGCAUACCGCAUUCUCUUACACUUAGACGAGAUUGACGACCCGCAGCUCAGAGACUGGUGCCAGACGACUUGCCAGAAGGAGUCAAGAGACAGACUGGAUAUGGUAAAGGAGGUGGACAAGUGGAAGCUGAUGCACAGGAGUGAGCUUCAGAACUGGGUCAACGAAGAGUCAAACCUCGUCUUUGUAGGCGAUUCAUGUCACCCCAUGCUGCCGUAUCUUGCCCAAGGUGCCAAUUCCGCGAUAGAAGAUGGUGCCGUUCUUGGGCGGCUCCUCGGUAAGAUCAAAAGUAAAGAUCAACUGCCGGGCGCCCUAAAGAUGUACGAAAGACUUCGAAAGAGCCGAGGAGAUGCCUUCGUGAAGGAAGCGUUUAGGCAGCAGCGCGACGCGUUUCAUAUGGAAGACGGCCCUGAAUAA